AUGGAUAAGCUUAUUGGCCAGGAAGCGGUCAAUGCGUCCAAAUCAGAUGCUCUCCUUUUGCGCCUGAUCACGCCUGUUGUUAAAUUGUACACUGGGAAGAUGUGUGUUCCUUUGAUCUCUGAAGCGAUGGAAUGCUUUGGUGGUCAAGGAUACAUCGAGGACACAGGAAUACCGACAACUCUACGUGACGCUCAGGUGACUCCUAUAUGGGAAGGGACGACGAAUGUGCUGUCACUUGACGUCCUCCGAGUAUUUGCCGGAAAACAGAAUGUAUUUGAUGCCUUCGAGAAUCGUAUUGAAUCACUGCUUCCUUCGCAUGCGAUAUCUCAGUUGGCUCAGCCCAUAAAUGCUGUACGAAAAGCAGUAUCGGACUUGGAAUCUGUUCUCCGGCAAACUGCCACAAGUGAUCACCCAAUGCGGUUGGAUUCAGGCGCCAGACAGAUUGCCUUUGGUAUAGCACGAAUCUAUGCAGGAGCGCUUCUCAUUCGUCACGCAAGCGACGUGCAUGCUACGGAGAGCGAUGUGGACGUUGCGUCAAGAUGGUGUCUGGAGCAGCCACUAGUGGAACUUAAUGUCGAAUGGCUAACCGAAGAUCGUAUUCGACUUGACCGCUCCAUCGUAUUCGAAAACUUUCCAGAAGGUGCCAGAAACUGCAAGUUGUGA